AUGACUCCAUACAACCACACGUUCAGCAGCAAUAAAUCAUCCAAAAUUCAACUUGAUGAGCUUAGUGAUCAGGAAUGUUGCCAAGGUGAAGAUGCUUACAACGAGAAGGAAUUGCCACAAAAUUUAUUGUCAAGAACCAGUUUGCGAAGAGCGAGUGGGUUGGCCUUGUUUGUUGUGAUGAUACUAUCUUCCUAUGAUUACAUUGGUGAAGUUGGCACUUUUAUAUGGUUGACAAUAGUGUACUGUGUUACUGUUGGCUCCGAAGUUAUUACAAACCUUACCGCUUCAGCAAGAAGUGUCACUGACUUUAGACUAAUAUUAGCCAAUUUGAUCCAUAGCUACAAUGCGGUACUAAUUAUUGUUGCGCAUUGGAUCUUGGUUGUACAUAUUGGAUUGGAUUUGGUUGCUUUGACAUCCUACGCAGUAUUGAUGUUUUUCUCAUUCACAUUCUUUCCGUACAUAGAGCACAUAGUUAAUUGA